AUGUUUGGCAGGGAAGUGCUCCUUCAGGGAUUGGUUAAAUUCAUUGGUGAUGGUAAGGAUACCAAGGUGUGGCUUGAGAACUGGAUCCUUGACGGCUGCUCAAGAACACCUAUAAUCAGAAUAGCAUUGUUGACCUCACAUUACGUGUGUCUGAUUAAACCAGUUCAGGGCCAACGAGACAAGUUGAUAUGGAGCCUUACCAAAGAAGGUAUCUACACUUCUAAAAGUGGAUACCAACUAUUGGAAUCUUUAAAGGAGAUGCAGGAGGAGCACACGCACACCUUACCGCCGGUUGAGAAGAAGCUAUGGAGUAACUUGUGGAGAAUCAACGCUCCCCCCAAACUCAAGCACUUCCUAUGGAAAGCUCUUGCUGGAGCUUUGGCGGUCAAAGAAAGGCUACAGGAUCCCUAUUCGAUAUGCACCAAAGCACUGGAUGAAACAGAUGUGUGGCUAAGAGUUAACUCCCAGGAUCAAAACUUAUAUGCCCAUUGGAACCCUCCUACUGUUCCAGCUACAACUUGGAAGAAGCCUCCGCUAAACAUGAGCAAGUGUAAUAUCGGAGUGUUGUCAUGGGUUGGCCCGAAUAGACACUGUGGAGUCUCCUGGAUUCUGCGAGAUUUUAAUGGUACGGCUCUGAUUCAUAGCCGCAGAUCUUAUACCUUUGUCCCUUCCCAGACCAAGGCGGAGCUAAUGGCGAUCCUCUCGGCAGCUGAAUCUCUGAGAAACAUGAAUAUGUCGGAUAUCAUCUUUGAGUCUUCCUUUAUACUUUAUAUCGGCGAAAGAGGUGUCACCAGAGACCAGCGAUACCAAUCUGGACCUUCUUGGCUUCACGCGAUCCUGUUUGCAGAAGCUGAGAUGGAUUUUCAAUGA